AUGACUAUUGAGCUUGAAGAACCACCUCUUGAGUCAAAUGCUCAAGUUGUAAAGGAUUUAUUUGCCGGAACUGUUGGAGGUAUUGCCCAAGUGUUAGUAGGUCAACCUUUUGAUACUGUUAAAGUCAGACUUCAAUCAUCAGCUGAAGGUACUUAUUCAGGUGUCGGAGAUGUGAUUAAACAAUUAAUUGCCAAUGAAGGUGUUGCUGGGUUUUAUAAAGGUACUUUAACUCCUUUAAUUGGAGUCGGUGCAUGUGUGUCUGUUCAAUUUUCCGUCAACGAGUUUAUGAAACGUUAUUAUGAUAAACAACUUAAUGGUAAAACUCCAUCAACUUUACAAUUUUUCAAUUGUGGUGCAGUUGCUGGAUUCGCCAAUGGAUUUUUAGCUUCUCCUAUUGAGCACAUAAGAAUUAGAUUACAAACUCAAACUGGUAGCAUCAAAGAAUUCAAUGGUCCAAUCGAUUGUUUUAAGAAACUUUCCAGUAAUGGAAUUUUUUCAUCUUCAGGUAUUUUCAAAGGUUUAACUCCAACUUUAUUCAGAGAAUCUGUUGGUUUAGGUAUUUAUUUUGCCACAUAUGAAGCUUUAAUUGCCAGAGAGUUUAAACAAUUCCAAGUUAAACGUACUGACAUCCCUGCAUGGAAAUUAUGCUUAUUUGGUGGAUUAUCAGGAUACACUUUAUGGAUUGGUAUUUAUCCUGUUGAUGUGAUUAAAUCCAAAUUACAAACAGAUUCUUUGAGUUCACCUAAAUAUAAGGGAGUGUCUUCAGUAGUGAAAGAUAUUUGGGUUAAAAAUGGUAUUAAAGGUUUUUACAAAGGUUUUGUUCCAACAAUUGCUAGAGCUGCUCCUGCUAAUGGGGCUACUUUUGCUAUGUUUGAAUUCACCAUGAGAUCCAUUAGUUAA